AUGUAUAUUCUACGGUUAUCGGCAGAAAAAAAGAUGGUGCAGCUGUCAUCACGGCCGCACACUAGGAUGGUGCAGCUGUCAUUUCGGCCACACACUAGGAUGGUGCAGAUGUCAUUCCGGCCACACACUAGAAUGGGGCAGCUAUCAGCCUGGCCACACACUAGGAUUGUGCAGCUGUCAUCACGGACACACACUAGGAUGGUGCAGAUGUCAUCCCGGCCGCACACUAGGAUGGGGCAGCUGUCAUCGCGGACACACACUAGGAUGGUGCAGAUGUCAUCCCAGCCACACACUAGGAUGGUGCAGCUGUCAUUCCAGCCACACACUAGGAUGGUGCAGAUGUCAUCCCGGCCACACACUAGGAUGGUGCAGAUGUCAUCCAGGCCACACACUAGGAUGGUGCAGCUAUCAUUCCGGCCACAUACUAGGAUGGUGCAGCUCUCAUCCCGGCCACACACUAGGAUGGUGGAGCUGUCAUCCGAGCCACACACUAGGAUGGUGCAGCUGCUAUCCCGGCCGCACACUAGGAUGGUGCAGAUGUCAUCCCGGCCACACACUAGGAUGGUGCAGCUAUCAUCCCAGACACACAAUAGGAUGGUGCAGCUGUCAUCCCGGCCACACACUAGGAUGGUGCAGCUAUCAUCCCGGCCACACACUAGGAUGGUGCAGCUGUCAUCCCAGACACAUACUAGGAUGGUGCAGCUGUAA